AUGAUGGACGCAAAAUUUAAAAAAGGUUCAUCAGCAUUAAAAUCGCUGAGCGAAAAACAUCACUUAUUACCUAGAUUUGCUGAUUACUUUGCGAUAUGUGGAUUAGACGUUGAUCUUGGACUUGAAGCUGAGCUUUAUACAGAUGGUGUGACGACCUCGCCACCCCUCGAAAGAUCUUUUAAAGGAAAAUCACUAAUAAAUUAUCCAGCAAAUGUUUCGUGGAAUCCUUUUGAUUCAUACGGAAUUUGUAUGCUAUCACUUCCGCAAGGCUUAAAAUUUCGUACACAAAAACAUGACUUGACACCAAGAUUUCAUUCUUUCAUAAGUACAAGAGAUGAUGGAAAGAGAUGUUAUGGGUUUUCAUUAAUAUUUUAUGAAGAAGUUAAAAAUGAGAGUAUUUGUACAGCUUUACAAACGCUUCAAUCAAUGUACAUCACAGAGCUAUCGAGUAGUCAGGGCUCGUUGAGAAGAUCAGAUCCAGUGAGUAGAUCAUUACCAAGACAUUUUCGUCUAGCUGAAGAUGACAAGAGUUCAAAUAGUGCUACGAGUUUUUAUGACAUUCAAAAAGAUACGCUUUUUGUUACCAAAUCAAUAACGCUUGUUUGUCAGUUUGCAUAUUCACAUAUAGCUGAAAUAUUCCUUACUAACCUGUACAAGUGUCUUCCUCGUACUCCUGGAGCUCGCUUAAGUCUUGAAAGUUAUGUUUAUAACAUUUUAUAUGACGUUAAAGUCCCGGAUUUUGGAAAAUCGAUUCGUAUUUAUUUACCGCCAGAUCAAGCGAAUUUAACGCCAAUAAACAUAAUUAUACAACGCCCAAAAAGCAGUGAACUUCCAUUACUUGAUUUCCCGUUACGACAAUUUUUCGAGUAUUUGGGUGUUAAAUAUGUAAUUGAUCUAUUUACUAGUGUGUUGCUUGAAAAUCAAGUGUUGCUAAUAUCAGAAGAUUUUCAAAAACUUACAAUCGUUGCCGAAUGCAUAACAUCAUUAUUAUUUCCUUUUGAAUGGCCCCACGUUUAUGCACCAAUAUUGCCUACAGCAUUACAUCACUUUUUGGAUGCACCAGUUCCUUUUGUGAUGGGUCUUCACGCCGAAAAUGCUGAUAUUAAUUUACAAAAAGUUGGUUUGUGCUAUGUAGAUAUUGAUAAAAGAAAUAUUCAAUUACAUGAAGAUCUGCCUUCGUUUCCGCAUCAACAAGACUUUAUUGAUGAGAUUUAUGAGGUUUUAGCCAAAUACAAUUUAGUUGAUGAUAGAAGCUAUGAUACAGUAGACAAAAAUGAGUCUGAAUCAACAAUUCUAAACCCAAAAAGUCUUCUCAUGAACAAUAAUUUUUAUUUCCAACCAUCUGGAUCGGAUAAAUAUAGUUCAGUGCAGUAUCAAAGACUGUCAACAUCAACAUCACCAGCAACGACAUUAACACUUACAAAAUCACGAAGAAAAAAACAUUCUUUGCAUGACUUUAUAGAAUUUGAUAAUUUGGGGUCAAGUUCAGGGAACCAUAAUGAGCACAAUCAAGGUUCGUCAAGAAGUUCGUCUACCACAAGAAAAACUGAGAAUUUGUUGAGAUCUAAUGAGCACUACUACAACGAUCUUCAUUUUAAUAAUGAAAUUCGUGAGAUAUUCCUUAAUCGAUUCUGCCAAAUAUUUCUAGACUAUGAGCAAUUUGUCAUAUUGCCAAAUCAAAAUAAAAUGGAAUGGUUAAAAAAUCGCGAAUCACUUCACAAUUUCGAUAAAGCGUCAUUUUUAUCAGAUCAACCUGCACAUUAUCGCUCAUUCUUCUCCCAAUUUCUUGAAUCUCAAAUGUUUGCGACAUUGAUUGAUAAUAAGAUUAUGACAUCGUUUGAUGAGAAGACGAACAGCAGCAGUGAUGCAAAGGCAUCAAAAAAUAAUGAUAUGGAUGUGAAUAAAAAUCUACUUUUGUUUGAUAAUCGCAUUAAAAUAUUAAAAAAGCAUUUUGGCAGUGCAGAAGAGAUAAAUGUUCGAUCAAAAAAUCUUGAAAAGUUACCUCACAUGAACAGUUCAAAAGUGUUAUUAGACAAGCGACUAAAGAAUUUUGAUCUAGAAGUUUCACCACCUGUUGAGUUACUCAGAAAUAGUCCAGCUUACUACCGAUCAUUUCCAAUUCUUGAGGCAUCUGUAUUGAAUCAAGCAUCUAGUGAAAGACCGAAUAGUUUAAGGCGCGUAAAGAAAAAGUUGGACUUGGACGAGAGGAAGUUGCACGAGAAGAAAAAUAGCUCAACGAAAUUUUAUCUCAGAGAGAUAGACAUCGAUAAAAAUUUAAGUGGAAGUGCUGAAAGUCUAAGUAUAUCGAGUAGUGUGGGAGCUACGAUAUCAUCGAGUGUUGCUGAUGACAAAAACUCAAAAGCGGAAGAAUUUACGGCAUCAUUUGUGGCACAGACUAAUUGGUCAUUUGUUGAAAAACUUUUAAAGGAAUGUAAAACAAAAACUAAACGGAUGUUGAUGGAGAAAAUUGACAUGGAAGUGGGUAGUGGGAGUGCAGAUGUUGAAGAGAAUUCAUUAAUUACCUCACUGUGUGAUUUACUCGAAAAAAUUUGGUCACAUGGACUCAUCCAACCGCACUCGAAAUCGGCUCACACCAAAAAUCAUUAUCACAAUAAUAAUCAAAUCAAGUCACCCUUCUGGUCGCAUCUGUUGCGUUAUUUUGAGAAAAUGGAAAAAAUGAAUGCGCUUGAGAAUGGUGAAAAUAUGAAGAGUGGUCGAAAAUUAGAUUCCGGUGCACAGUUGCUUAGCACACCAGCUCUCGCCUGGUCUGUUAUGAGAAAGAGGAUGGAUUAUCUGUCAUCAUUGAAAGUGGAGCCACAAGACAUGUCAUCGUCAUUUAUAGCAACAUCAAGUACUCCAUCACCAACAGCUUCACUUCAGCGUCGUGCACAGCAACAGAGAUCUCGUCGUUCAAAAUCAUGUGAAAAGCGUACAUUAUUAAGCAAUGAUAAUAUGGAAUUAGUUUUGCCAAAACUACCCGAUACACUCGAGUACGAUAUUCGAAAUAUUUUAUCAAUGCAUGAGAUUAAAACAGAUAUUGGAUACGCUCGGGCUUUCGUUCGAUUGACAUUAGAGAAGAAAGUACUUUCGCGUCAUUUAAAAACAUUAUUGGCGGAUGUAUCGAUACUUCGGUCGAUGUAUAAGCGAACUGCUUUUCUAACAUAUGAGGAAGAAAAGGAGCAAUUUCUGUAUCACUUAUUGACGUUAAAUGCCGUUGAUUAUUUCUGUUUUACAUCCGUUUAUGGAAUGACUAUAAUACCAUAUAGAAUUUUAAUUGUACCAGUGUCCGGGACGGGAACGCUAACACGAAAAUCAACAUUGCCAAAACUGUGGUUAACGAUUUUUGGUUCAAUUGGAGAGACAGAAAAAAUUGCAUUAAAUAAAAUAGAGCUUUUGAUGGAGCAUAAAAAUUUAGGAGUUUUGAGAACGAUGAGAAUUGGCAUUGACGGUACUCAAAGCACAUCAACGUUAUCGACAUCUGCUAAAUUUCAUUUGGAUUGUAUAUGGAUCAGAAAUGAGGUCACUGGACAUGCAUAUAAAUUUCCAUGUAAUCGAUGGCUUGGAAGAGGCAUUGAUGAUGGUUCAAUGGAACGACUUUUAAUUGCACAGCUAAUUCGACCGACUACAGAUCCAAUGGAUGAUCAGUUUAGCACAACAUUGAUAGAAAAGCCACCGCUUAAUAUAGUAAAUAAAUUACCAUCAUCAUCGCCAUCUUCAAUGACCGAGAGCUUUACAAAUUCAUCGGUCAGUAAUGAUGAGAAAGAGAAGAAGGAUCCAAAUGAAAUUCAAAAUAAUUUGAGUGAUUCUGUCAAUAAAAUUGUAAAAUGGUUUUAUCGACAUCAACGAAGAUUAAUGAAUAAUGUUGAUUGCAGUCACGAUAUGUCGGUGCUGACAAAUUUGUUGUGUGGCGAUGGAGGCUUUGUUGAAUCUCUAAUGGCUGCAUUUAUGCUCGGCUUUCGUUCUCAACGGUUGUUUGGCAGAAAUUUUUGUCUCUGGGACUUUUUUGUACGAUGUAAGGAUGAGUUUGAACAAAAUUUAACAGCAGAUACGAUAGCAUCAAUGCAAGGAAUAAAUGAACAAAAUCAUGCUGAUGAAAGGUUGAUAGAAGUCUGGAAUGGAUACUGUCAAUUAGUUGAUGAAAUUUCUAAAAACUCUACAAUCGGAUCAGAUGAGAAAUUUCAGCUUUUCAUAUGCCUUUGCCUUCGUGAACAUCUGCUUCACCGAAUGUUGCCAGCGCUUUCAACAUCACGUACAGCAAGUGAAAUGUAUGAUGAUAGCAGCUUUCUACGGCAUCAAAGUUUAAAUAGAUUUCUUUAUCAAAUAUUACAAUCACUUGGUGAUUUUCCAUUUGACCUUGAUAAUUCCAUUACAUCAAGUCUCGCAUCUAACUGUUGA